ACUGAAUUGUUGCACAUUGACAUUGCUUUAUAUGAUUGAAAACUUCAUGCCCUCCUUGUCUAUUUACGAAUUACCAUUCUGCCUAGUGUCCACUACUUGACCAGAAAAAGCCAAAAAUAUUGAACAUGGAAGCUUCAGUUGAAGAUAUUGUGAUUGUGGGGGCUGGAAUUGCUGGCCUGGCAACAUCAUUGGGACUUCACAGACUGGGAAUCAGAAGCUUAGUAUUAGAAUCAUCAGACUGUUUGAGGGUCACUGGAUUUGCAUUCACAACCUGGAAUAAUGCCUGGAAGGCCUUGGAUGCUCUUGGCGUUGCUGACUCACUUCGUCAACAGCAUCAACAGAUCCAUGGGAUGGUGGUUACCUCCACAACAUCAAGACAACCCCCUUCUGAGAAAUCACUGAAGUCUGAAGGAAAAUAUGGUGAACCUGAAAUUCGAUGUGUGAGAAGGAAGUUGUUGCUGGAAGCCAUGGCAAGGGAGCUGCCAAUUGGCACCAUCAAGUACUCCUCAAAGGUGGUUUCUAUAGAGGAAUCAGGCUACUUUAAACUGGUGCAUCUAGCUGAUGGCAGCAUCCUCAAGACCAAGGUGUUGAUUGGAUGUGAUGGAGUGAAUUCAGUGGCGGCAAAAUGGCUUGGCUUUAAGAAACCAGCUUUUGCAGGAAGAUCUGCCAUCAGGGGGUUUUCGGAUUUCAAGUGCAGUCAUGGCCUUGAGCCCAUAUUUCUGGAGUUCCUUGGAGAUGGGGUUAAAUCUGGUUUCCUCCCCUGUGAUGAUCAAACAGUUUACUGGUUUUUCAGUUGGAGGCCCUCCAGCCAAGAUAAAGAACUUGAAAGCAAUCCAGCUGAGAUGAAGCAAUUUGUGUUGAGCAUGCUCAAUAACUUACCUGACAAAGUUAAGACUGUUUUAGAAAACACUGCACUGGAUAGUAUUAUAUCCUCACCACUAAGAUAUAGGCACCCCUGGGAGGUGCUGUGGGGAAACAUUACCAAAGGCAAUGUUUGUGUGGCUGGAGAUGCACUGCAUCCUAUGACACCAGACCUUGGCCAAGGAGGGUGUUCAGCUUUGGAAGAUGGCGUUGUUUUAGCCAGGUGUAUUGCAGAAGCCUUAACUAAAACCCGGCAAAGGAAGGUAGGAGAAACAGCUGCAGGUGAAUUAGACAAGGAUGAAUUUAGGAUGAUUGAAACGGGAUUGAAUAAUUUUGCAAAAGAGAGAAGAUGGAGAAGCUUUGAGCUAAUCAGCACAGCCUAUGUAGUUGGUUUUAUGCAGGAAAGUAAAGGGAAGAUCAUGACCUUCUUGAGAGACAAGAUUUUCUCUGCAUUUCUUGUUGGAUUGUUGAUUAAGAGAGCUGAGUUUGACUGUGGGAAGCUCAUCAUUUCCUGAUUGCCGAUCAGAUGGAGCAUCAAAAGGUCAGUAUAAGUGUGAAGUCAAAAUGUUCCUGGUAGCUACUGCCCAUAAUUUCAAUACUAUAUGAACCAACCUCACUGCCUAAGUUUUUUGUUUUAUACUUUAAUAACUACUGCUAGCAGUAAUAUUAUGAAUCUAAUCCCCCUU